AUGGCCCUGAGACAGUAUGUGAUGCUCCGCACGCUGGGGGAGGGCGGCUACGGCAAGGUCAAGCUGGCGCUGCACCUCCGACGGGCACGGAGGUGCGGGUGCCUGGGGGAGAUGGAGGUGCGCCGCCUAUUCCGGCAGAUCCUGGCCGCGCUCAGCCACUGCCACGCCCAUGGCGUGGCACACCGGGACCUGAAGCCGGAGAACCUGCUCCUGGACUGGCACCGAAACAUAAAACUAGCAGACUUCGGGCUCAGUGCCCAGUUCUCCGGGGCGGCGCUGCUCAAGACCCCCUGCGGCAGCCCGGAGUUCGCGUCCCCCGAGCUCUUCUGUCGCCAGGAGUACAGUGGCCCUGCGGCGGACGUCUGGAGCCUGGGGGUGGUCCUCUACGACAUGGUCACCGGGGAGCUGACCUUCGAGGGCAACAGCUUCGGGGAGCUGCGGGCCAGGGUGCUGAGCAGCAUCUACCACGAGCCGCACUACCUCUCCCAGCAGAACCGGGACUUAAUGAGGAAGAUGAUGACGCUCGACCACCAGAGCCGUAGCACCCUGGACAGCGUCAUCCAGCACCCCUGGGUGGGGCUACCCAAUGGACUCUCGCCUGCCGUGAGCCGUCCCUGGGCCGGCACAAGGCCGCAAUAGAAAC